CUAGUUUUUUUGGGUCUUGUCUGCAUUGUUGUUUAUGCUUUUAUCAUAAAUGAAAAUCUGAAUGAUUUUGUGACUAUAAAUGAAGAACCAGAAGACUUUCUUAUAAGUAAAAAGCCAGAAUAUACAUAUUUUAUAAAUGAAGAAUCAAACAAUCUUGUUAUAAAUGAAGAAGCCAUAAAUUCUUUUAACUCUGAAUUUGGAACAGGUGUAUUAAGAGUUUUGUUCAUAGAUGAUAAUUGUAAAACACAAUGUUGA